ACUGCUUUAAAUCUUGAGCCUGUAUUGAUGACUAGUUUAUAAUGAAAGUAGUCAUAGAAAAAUAUUUUGUACUUUAAAUAUAAAAAUUAUAUUUCACAUAAUAUGGUUUUUACCUGUGUAUGUGAUUAUGAUGUCUAUUUUCCAAAUUACAGUCUGCCGCAAAUCCUGAGACUCCAAAUUCAACAGUCUCCAGAGAGGCCAGCACCCAGUCCUCAUCAGCUACAACCAGCCAAGGCUAUGUUUUACCAGAAGGCAAAAUCAUGCCAAAUACUGUUUUUGUUGGUGGAAUUGAUGUUAGGAUGGAUGAAACCGAAAUUAGAAGUUUCUUUGCUAGAUAUGGUUCAGUAAAGGAAGUGAAGAUAAUCACAGAUAGAACUGGUGUGUCCAAAGGCUAUGGAUUUGUUUCAUUUUAUAAUGAUGUGGAUGUGCAGAAGAUAGUAGAAUCACAGAUAAAUUUCCAUGGUAAAAAGCUAAAACUGGGCCCUGCAAUCAGGAAACAAAAUUUGUGUGCUUAUCAUGUGCAGCCACGACCUUUGGUUUUUAAUCCGCCUCCUCCACCACAGUUUCAGAGUGUCUGGAGUAAUCCAAACACUGAAACUUUUAUGCAGCCUCCAACUAUGAUGAAUCCUAUAACUCAAUAUGUUCAGGCAUAUCCUCCUUAUCCAAGUUCACCAGUUCAAGUCAUCACUGGAUAUCAACUGCCGGUAUAUAAUUAUCAGAUGCCACCGCAGUGGCCUGCAGGGGAACAAAGGAGCUAUGUUAUACCUCCGGCUUAUACAACUGUUAACUACCACUGUAAUGAAGUUGAUCCAGGAACUGAAGUUUCGACAAGUGAAUGCUCAGUUCAUGAAGCUGCUCCAUCCUCUGGAAAUGGCCCGCAAAAGAAAUUGGUGGACCGAAGCAUACAGACAGUGGUAUCUUGUCUGUUUAAUCCAGAGAGCCGACUGAGAAACUCUCUUGUUCCCCAAGAUGACUACUUCAAGGAUAAAAGAGUACAUCACUUUAGAAGAAGUCGGGCAGUGCUUAAAUCUGUUUGAUCCUCUCUGCUUACUUUCUAGUUGCAUGGGUAGUUGCUGGUUUUGAAGAAGAGACUGAGAGUUUUUCAUUAUUAUAGAAAUUUAAUUCUGAAUUUUGAUAAAUCACACUCAUACUUUAUGUACAAGUUAUAGUACAUUACCUAAUUUUAUUUUACGUUGAAACUGUUCUUUAUUAGCUGUUUAUUUAGAAACUGAUUCAGUGUUGAAUAUAUGGUUAAAAAUAAAAAAUAAUUAAUAUUGAAGGAAUAACUAAGAUUUAUCUGUAAGGAUUAUUUUUAAUUGAAUUUGACAUUUUAAGCAUUUAAAAGAAAAUGCUGAUUUUCAAAAAAUUGUUUUAAAAACCUAUUAUUUUGAAAGGUCAGAAUUUUGAUAAUUUGUAUACUGGCAUUUCACUUCUCCAACAAGUACCUGCAAACAGUACAAUAUUUACAAUAUUGUGCUUUGCAUUUAUAAUUUGUCUAGAAAUUUAUCACAAAAGCAGAGUUUUUCAAACUGCAUUUUUAAUCAGUGGAACUCAGUACAUAAUUAGCUUUAUUGAAGUCUUCAUUAUCUAAACCCAGUAAAACAUUCUAAACAAACAGUCCAAUCAGUGGGUCCUACAUUUAUUAGUUCAAAAUACUUUACCUGUUAUCUAAAAUCCACACAUAGGUAUUUUAUUUGAUUGGGAUGAUAAUUAGGAUAACUAAAAUUCUGGGCCUAAUUUUUGUAAAGAAUAUAAAACAAACUAAACUUCACUAGUUAAACAUAAGCUUCUCAGUGAGUUACCAUUCUUUUUUUUUUUAAUUUUUUUUCCUUAAAAGGCUAAACUCAAUGGGUAUAUCUUAAAUUGUGCAAAAGAUUGGUAUUAAAGAAUGCUGAGACUUU